AUGUCCUCUUGGCGAUUCAUUUUUGUACAGUUUUGGAGGCUACUACUGUGUGAUAAGUCAAUUCACUGGGUAGAGCCGACUGACUUCAAGGAAGUGCCUUCACGUAGUCAUCUCAAGUGUGAGGUCAUGGCUUUCAGCAAUCACUCUGAAUCUGAUCUGGCCAUCUGCAUUCAGGUGGAGAGCUUUGCGAGGAAAUUCUCAUUCUGCGAAAAAUUUCGAAGAUCUGGCCAUGUGUUCUUCGAGCUCCCACUCGAGCUUUUGGAUGGUCAAAUACGACUGACGGCAGCCCUUCAAUCGGGGGAUCUCGUGCUUGCCAGUGACCAGGUCCGUGUGCAAAAGUGGCUGCACUUGUCAAGGGAAAUUCCAGCGUGGGCCGAUGAGUUCAACCCGCUGGUGGAUUGGUGGGACUCGCACCGCGAGGGCUUGCUGACUAUGAAGCACGCGCACUACUUUGACUUGUACCACCGACAUUUGCAGCACUUUCGUGGCAAAAAGUCGCAUUUGCUGGAGAUUGGUGUUGCUAGUGGUGGCUCUUUGCAAAUGUGGAAGGCUUACUUUGGGCCUCGUCUCCGCAUCACUGGCGUUGAUUGCUGUCCUUUUUCGGGGAUGAGAGGUGAGCUUGAAGAUCACCGCACUUCAAUUUGGAUUGGAAACCAGGAGGACCCUCAAUUUUGGGCAGAGCUGAUUCAAUCGGUGCCUCCCUUUGACAUCAUCAUUGACGACGGGAGCCAUGUAGGACGAAUGCAGCUGGAGGCAUUUGAAUCGCUUUGGCCGCACUUGGCGCCUGGAGGGGUAUACAUCGUGGAAGAUUUGAUGUUUGGAUACUUGGACAUGGGGCUCCACAAGGAUGCGCUCUUCUUCAAAGGUCAUACACUAUGGGUGGAGAGACUCAAAGGGCUAAUGGAUGAAAUGCAGACAGGUUUGACUGCCGACAGCAGACUUCAGGACUCAGUUGCAGCUAUCCGCGGCAUCCACAUCUACCGACACUUUUGCAUCAUCGAGAAGUAUGACCUGGGCCAAGGACUGAGUGGCUUGGUGCACGACUGGGCGGCUUUUCAAGUUGGAGCUGGUGCCGCAGCACCCGCUCUAGCUGGAGUUCAGGUGGUACCUCCAGUCAUGGCUCACCCGCAAUGA